AUGAGCAAAGUGAGUGGGCGAGUGAAAUCAUUUGUGACAAUAACUCAUUAUUUACAGAUGAGAAAUUUAUAUUGUCAGCGUAAUAUCUGCGAAGCUAAACAACUCUGGAGUGUAUAUAAAAGCAGGGCGUUUGGGUGCAGAAGUGCGGCGCUCAGGACCAGCACAUCCCAAGUUCCGAAAGAGGGUUGGCUCUCUCUGCACCUGCUCCGCGCCACGUCUGGGUCAGAAGGCAGCAAAAAUGAAAAGCAUUUACUUUGCGGUUGGAUUGCUUGUCAUGCUGGUGCAAGGCAGCUGGCAACGUUCCCUUCAAGACAGAGAGGACAAAGCCAGAUCAUUUCCGGCUCUGAGGUCAGACCAGCUCACUGACCUGGAGCAAAUGGAUAAAGACAAGCGCCAUUCUCAGGGUACAUUCACCAGCGACUACACCAAGUACCUGGAUGCCUUACGUGCCCAGGAAUUCGUACAGUGGCUGAUGAACAACAAGAGGAACAGGAGUAACAUUGCCAAACGUCAUGAUGAAUUUGAGAGACAUGCUGAAGGGACCUUUACCAGUGAUGUCAGUUCUUACUUGGAAGGCCAAGCUGCCAAGGAAUUCAUUGCUUGGCUGGUGAAAGGCCGAGGAAGGCGGGACUUCCCAGAAGAAGUCGCCAUUGUUGAAGAACUCCGUCGUAGGCACGCCGAUGGCUCUUUCUCUGACGAAAUGAACACAGUUCUUGAUAAUCUUGCCACCAGGGACUUUAUAAACUGGUUGCUUCAGACCAAAAUUACUGACAGGAAGUAAGUAUGUCAGUGUUCAAGAUCAUCUUCACAACAUUACCAGCCAGCUGCAUGGGAUGUUGGAAAUUUUAAGCUCUGUAGAUUUAGGAAGUGUAUUCUGAAACCAUAUUGCUUUGCAUGCCAUUAAAGAAAUACUCACUUAAUAUUGUAUAGCCAAAUAUUGUAAAAGGAAUAAACCAUAUCAAAAUAUUCAUCCAAUAA